AUGGAGAAGAAAUGGUUUAACAGAGUGAUGGAAAAGAAAGGUGAAAAAGGGUAUUUGGAUUUGCUAAUAGAUGCAGCAGCAAGAGGGACAACACUUUUGUCAGGAUUUCUGCACCUUCUGAAUUGGAGGAAUGUGAUGAAAGGAGUCUUGAUUAAUGCAUUUACGGUUCGUGCACUAUGUGAUACUUUCUCUCCCGCGCGUGGAGCAGGUAAUAAACCCGUUAGCACCCUCCCUAGUCAUAUAGUCAUUGAUGUUGAAUUUCUGGACCUGAAAAUCUGUCAACUUGAUGGUGGUGAUCCCAUUUCGAUAUGGCCUGGCGAUGGAGCAACACAAUCUCUUGAAACACAGCGGACACUCCGCUGUCUCUCCCGCAUGCUCAAUGAUGAAAUACUCACCGAUGUCACUAUUAACACGUUGGGUGGCACACUAAGAACACACAAGGAAAUUUUAUCUGCAUCUUCUCCGGUAUUUCAGAGUAUGUUCUUACAUGAUCUAAAAGAGAAAGAGUCUUCCAUGGUUGAUAUAGAGGACAUAUCUGUAGAAUCUUGUACAGCCUUGCUCAGUUACUUUUACGGGACCAUAAAACAAGAUGACUUUUGGAGGCAUCGAUUGGCACUACUUGGAGCUGCACACAAGUACGACAUUAUGGACCUUAAAGAUGCCUGUGAGGAGAGUCUGUUAGAGGAUAUUAAUUCAGGAAAUGUCCUUGAAAAGCUCCUAAUCCAAGAGAUGGAGGAGAUGGAGUUCAGUAUGACUUCAAAGCUUUUAAUAUCCUCUUAG